GUAUGUUUUACAUGUAUUUAUGAAGUGUUAUAGUGAUCCCUUCUGGUUUCCUCUGAGGGGCUUGUAUUUAUUGUGCACUAUAAAUUUUGAAGAGGAAAUGAUUUAUUUCACAUUCAUAACAUGUUUCUUGGCUUGCAAGCUUGAUAUAUGGGUCAAAGAAGUGAAUUUUAAAAGUAGCCUUCUAGUUGAUGAGGAUGUGGCAAUAGACGAAAGUGACCGUUUGCGUCAGCUAUUUUUAAGUCAUCUGCAGUGCAUAGUGUUGAUGGAAAAAACUUCUCGAUUCAUUAUCCUCAUACAUUUUGUGUCAUCAUUUUUCCAAACUUUGAGUUAUGUUACAGCUAUUAUUUUAUGGAAUCAAGCAGAUUCUCUAUUCGCGGGCCAUAGACUUGGUAUAGUAAUGUGGAUCCUGAGAUUGUUCUUCAUACAAACAAUUCUAUGUAUGACUUGUGAAUUGCUAUACUUGCGUAUUAAAUUGGCCAGGACGACUGCUUUGCGGAUGCUCAACCUGAACAGAUCUCCAAUAUGGCGGAGAUUUGCGAAAAACAUACUGAGGUCCAGUGAAAUCAACAAAAUCAAUGCAUGCGGCUUGUUUUCUUUAGAUGCAGCCUUGCCUCUGCGAAUGGGCAGUUUACUUGGAACCUACGUCAUUGUUUUAUUACAAUUCAAAUAUUUCCAGCACUUCGUGGCCAUGAUUUUGAAAAUUCGAGAUGUGCACGACAUUUUGAAUGAUAAAAAGGAUUUUAGACAUCUUAAAAUUAAGAACUGGGUGUACGACAACUCAUCAUCAUUGAAACCUCUUACGGGCUGGAUGAUUAAGAAUUUUAUUUUAUUAGCUGUUUUCUGCGUGCAAUGUGACAAAUACUACUAUGCUGUCAACAACGCGCAGACUGCUUGUGUUUUGUUGAUAAAGUCUGGAAGAUUGUCAGCACAGGAAAGGAAGAUCUGCAAAAACAUCGUUCGGGCACACGCUGCAGAGUAUUACCCUCUUUACGCCUGCUCACUGUACCUCGUGGACGCUCGCUUACCUCUUAAAAUGUUUGGCCUCAUGGCCACUUACACCGUUGUCUUGCUACAAUUUGCUUUCAUAUCCUAG